CAGGUUUACGCCAACAGCCUCAGUUGCGUCCCAAUCACCGCGCCAGUCGCUCGUGCCCAAAACCGGAGCGACUCGAAAUUCGCGUGUGAUUCCAAAAUCUUACAAAAAAAUAUUUAAUAUAAAUUUUAAAAAUAUUUCUUUUUGUGAAAUAUUUUUCGUCGUUCGCAUCAAAAAGCGAAGGCAUAUAAAGGAUCAGUAAUUCAACCAUAAAAUGCGGCGGAGCCUUUCAUGACAAACAAGUAGAAGUUAACGUUUGCAAUUAGUACCACAAACAUUCAGAAGAUGGCGUUGUUCAAUAAUUCCUUUUCAAGAACCUACCAUCACUUAUUCACUGAAUUAGCUGAUUCCCGAACAAACGACUGGUUCUUAAUAACGGACCCAGUCCCCGGUCUCACUAUCAUCGGCCUGUAUCUAUACUUCUCGUUGAAAUGGGGGCCGAGGUACAUGGCAGACAAGAAGCCUUUCCAACUGCAGAAGACAUUAGUCAUUUAUAAUUUUAUUCAAGUCGUCGUUAGCUGCUGGUUGUUCCAUGAGGGCCUCGACGCUGGCUGGUUGAGGACUUAUAGUUGGAAGUGCCAACCCGUUGACUUCUCAAAAACGCCUGAGGCUAUGAGAGUAGCGAGAGGCGUCUACAUAUAUUUUCUGGCAAAAAUGUCGGAACUCCUCGACACAGUUUUCUUCGUGAUCAGGAAAAAAGACAGGCAGAUCACCUUCCUCCACAUGUACCAUCAUACAGUGAUGCCCAUGAUUUCCUGGGGGGCAACGAAGUACUACCCAGGGGGUCAUGGAACCCUCAUAGGUGUUAUCAACUCUUUCGUUCAUAUUAUCAUGUACACCUACUAUAUGUUCUCGGCUAUGGGACCACAGUACCAGAGGUACCUGUUUUGGAAGAAGUACAUCACUACACUGCAAAUGCUCCAGUUCUGCAUCGCCUUCCUCCACUCAGCGCAGCUCCUGUUCUACGACUGCGGCUAUCCUCGCUGGUCGGUCGUGUUCACCCUCCCCAACUCCAUCUUCUUCUACUACCUCUUCUACGACUUCUACUACAAAGCCUAUGGCAAACCUACCAAGAAAGGCGCUGAAGAUAAGAAAGACGUCAAAGAAAUAACAAGCAAUGGUCACAUGAAUGGUAAAGUCAAAACCAACGGCUACGCAAACGGAACAGCCAACGGUAAAAAAGUUAAUUAAAAACCAACUGAAUAUACCAUGUAAAUAUUUUUGUUGUUUCAUACCAAUACCAAUUUUAGUUUUAAGCUAAUCUUGAAUAUUGUUACUUAAAAAAUCCUUAAUAACGAAUGCUCAAAUUCUGACUUAAAAUUUUACCGUUACUUAUUAGGUAGUACUUCGUCAUCAUUUUGUAUCUUUAUGAUCCUAAAUGCUGUCGCUAGUACUUCUAAUUUGUUGGAUUUUUGUUUAAUAUCUUCAGUUAUAGAUAAGAGAGUUACGGUGUACAUACUAUAGAUUGUUAUAUCAUGUAUUUAAGACAUUAUUGUUUAGUUAGAUAUUACGCUGAUUAUAUUGCCAUGAGUUUAAAACUAUCAUGCUUUGACACAUCUGCUCUAAAUUAUGGAGGUGAAAGUCUAUAUAUGAUAUAGGCAGAAACAAUAUUUGCCCUACAUAUAGAUUAUUUUCUGAAUCUCAUAACGCACACGCAUAUAUUUUGUUUUGGGCUUUAUAUAUUGAAAUUAUAAAGGAAUGUUUGAGGUGAUGUAAUGAAAAUUAAAGGAAAAAUAAAUCCCUGGUUUGGAGAUGCCUAGAAUUUCAAUUUUAUAUUUACUCCAUUCGAUUUUUGUCACAGUUACUGUAGAGGAUAUGCACCAAUAAGAAAGUUUACAGAAAGUCAAUUAAAGUUUUUUUCUUUUUUUUCGAUGUUAUAAUCAUUAACUGUCCUCCAAUGAAUCUGAAAAAAUAUUAAAGAUUUUAUUAUGAUAUUGUAGAGGUCUUUUUGAUUUCGGGUUCUAUGAUAUUCGAAACCUUACUGAAAUAUGAGGUGUCCAAAAUAUAAUUGCCUUGCAAUCGAGCUAUUUAUUUUUUAAUGUAAUUGCAAGAAAACUGGUACUCGGCCUCACAAAUUAAUCAAAUACAGUAUCCCUAUUAUAUGUUUUUGCCACUGGUACUCUAUUUAUCGAUAUGUACUUUUUACGAUUUUCAAAUAAGACUUCAUAACAUUAGGCAUAAUGGUUUUCUACGAUUAGCUAGCAUUAGCAAUAUAGAUUUCUUUUAGCUCAAUACCAAAAUGUGGUAAUAACACACUUGACUGUAACAAAAAUGCAGAGAAGGAAGGUUCAAAAUCCAAUGUUGAAAGGAAUGGAGUAGGCAUUAGACCCGGUGCCAAUUGAUAGUACGAGACGAUACCGUAUUUUGAAGCGACGAAUGAAAAUAUAACUUAAUGGUAUAAAACUAAAGUUGAUUAUUCAAUGAUUCAAAAAUUCCUCGUUGAUAAGUUUUCGUUAUUGAACUAGAAAUCUUUUACUUUUAAAUUUGAACUUUAUUUCCAUAUCAUUAAGUUAUAUUUUAGCCUAAAAAGGAUACCUAAGUUGUUACAGUUAUGUGUGUAGUGCCUUAAAAUUAUACGCUCUUGUUGAAGCAUGUUUUACUAUAUAUAGUUGCACAUUAAAUAAUUGUACAUUUACGUAAUCGGGUUUGUAAUGUUUAAUACCUAAUAUAUUUAAUUACGUGACUACAAUAA